AUGGCCAUUCCGCUAGCAGAAGGGCUUGCACAGUUGAAAUGCGAUUUCGAGGCCUUGAAUGCAGCAGGCACUAGCAUGAAGGCUGCAGCUAUGAUUUUACUUCGAUUCCUUCCAUGCCAUUUAGUCUCUUUGGGCUCCUUUGUCCUCCUCGCAGGUGCCGCUAUCGCUCCAUUUGCGCAACAGGUAAUAUCAAUCAAGGGCCGACUAGCCGACUCCGACAGUCUUGGCUCCAUACCUAUAUGUGACUAUAACCGAUCCUAUGACGACUGGGAUGAGGGUGCUGGGCCUGGGAUGAACCUCGUCCCACUAGAUACGAUCGGGGCUAUCUACGAGGGCCUUUUGCAGGCCCCGAACCGCAACAACGUUUCGGUCAAUCCAUCCUGUUCAAGAGGAAACUGCACGUUUGGAAAACACCAAUCCCUAGGAUUUUGCAGUAAAUGCGCGGAUAUAAGCUGCAAAAUGAUUCCGCAAGGCGACUGUGAUAAUGAAAAUGAUUUCGAUUCAGAAUGCAUCCUCCGACUCUCCAAUCGUUAUGAACUUGAAAUCGAUAGCACAAUGGACACGACAAUCAACGCGACAACGGAUUGGGAACUUCUCGAGUUAGACGUGAAAGGUUUGUCAGUAAUAGUGAAUUUCACUGCCUUAACUUCGCCCGCAAACAGAACGAAAAUACGCGCCAAUGCAAGAGCGACCGAAUGCACACUCUACUUCUGCGUCGCCACGUACCGCUCGAAAAUCGAUGCAAGCAGAUUUACAGAAAAGACCACUUCAACUGCGACAAUUACCAACAAGUCUUUGGGCAUUGACUGGGAUCCGUACGCAAUAUACUCUGCGAGUCCGGCAACUUGCAUCGUGAACCGGACAGAGAAACGACCUUCAUACCACGACGGAGAUGGAUGCACGUAUCCAAUACAUGGGACUAGCGGGAUGGCAAUGGCAAACUCGCUGGUGGCGCCCCUCACCGGAUCCGGGGGGCAGCAGGGUAGCUAG